UUUUAUUUGAGAAAGAACUCUUUCGAUUCAAACUCUGUUUUAUAUCGCGUAUGAAUGUAAUUGUUCUCAUUAAAGAUAUCUCCGUUAUAGAAAAAGAAGGUCUUUCCUAAAGAGGUGUGUCGGUUAAAUCACUCCCUAAUAAACUUAUCAAAUUCGUCAACAUUUAAGUCAGUGUUUUCAUUGAAAUUGGAAUGGCUACCGUAACUGUAACAACCAAAAAAGUUUAUUCUGCUAGUGCACCAGCAGGUUAUCACUUAGGUGGUGCUCAUCAAGAAGUUGGACAAGCUAAAACUCCCUCUCAUGCCAUCCCAUUUAAUGGCGUAUCAUUUAGUGAUUUACAGAAACAAUUACUAAAAAAUAAAGUCCUUUUUGAAGACCCUGACUUUCCUGCAACAGAUGAUAGCUUAUUUUUUUCAAAGAAACCACCACGACCUUUUGUGUGGAAACGACCUCAUGAGAUUGUCAGCGAUCCAAAAAUGUUUGUUGGAGGAGCUAGUCGAUUUGAUAUCACACAAGGUAUGCUUGGUGAUUGUUGGCUGCUUGCUGCAGUUGCUGCAUUAUGCCAAUAUGAAGGUCUCCUUUAUCAAGUAGUUCCCCCUGACCAGGAUUUUAAAACAAACUACUGUGGUCUUAUUAGAUUUCGUUUCUGGCAGUAUGGUGAUUGGAAUGAAAUAGUUAUUGAUGAUCGUUUACCAACCUACAACAAUAAACUCGUUUUUUUACAUUCUGCCCAAAAUAAUGAAUUUUGGUCUGCCCUUUUGGAAAAAGCUUAUGCUAAGUUAUGUGGAAGUUAUGAGUCAUUAAAGGGUGGUCAGACAAGUGAAGCCAUGGAAGACUUCACAGGUGGUGUGACUGAAAGCUUUAAUACGCAGAAAGCACCUAAAAGGUUUUUUAAGUUGCUUCAAAAAGCUCAAGAACGCCAAUCACUUAUGUGUUGUUCCAUUGAGGCUGCACCAAAUGAAGUUGAAGCAAAACUUGAUAAUGGACUUAUUAAAGGGCAUGCUUACACUAUCACUGAUAUAAAAAAGCUUCAUGAACAUAAACUGAUUCGUGUUCGUAAUCCAUGGGGAAAUGAUAGAGAGUGGACUGGUGCAUGGUCUGACAAAUCAAAUGAAUGGCAUCGUGUAUCACAAGCUGAUAAGGAAAGUCUUGGAAUAACUUAUGAUGAUGAUGGUGAAUUUUGGAUGUCAUUCGAUGAUUUCAGAAAGAACUUUACUCGAGUUGAAGUUUGCAUGUUGAGUCCAGAUUCUGCUGGUGAUUCAGAUCGUAAAAGUUGGGAAAUGGUUAUUAACCAAGGGUCUUGGCAAAAACACGUUUCUGCAGGUGGUUGUCGAAACUUUCCUGAAACCUUUCAUUUAAAUCCGCAAUACAGAAUUAAACUGGAGGAUCCUGAUGAUGACGAUGAAGUUGAUAACUGCACAAUUGUUAUUGGUGUUAUCCAAAAGGGAAGACGUAAACAAAAAAGAGUUGGAGCGCAAAAUCUUACAGUUGGUUUUGCUAUUUAUAAGCUUGAAGAUGAUGUUAAUGAAUACAUUGAACAAGAUCGUUUAAACAAGGACUUCUUUUUAUAUCACAAAUCAUUUGCUCGUUCUGAAAAUUUUGUCAAUGCACGUGAAGUUACAGGAAGAUUUAGUUUACCACCUGGGGAGUAUGUAAUUUUACCUUCAACAUUUAAAAAUAACGAAGAGGGAGACUUUAUAUUGAGAAUGUUUUCUGAGAAAGCUCACAAAUCAAGUUGCAUGGAUACAUUAACACAAAUUGAAUAUAAACCAAGACAAGAAUCAGCCAGUGAGGAUGCUAGUUUCGAUGCCAAAUUCAAACCAUUCUUUGUCAAAGUUGCUGGAAAGGAUGAAGAAAUUGAUGCAUUUGAGCUACAAACUGUACUAACCGCUGCAUUGAAAACAGAAAUGCACGGAAAAGAGUUCAGUUUAGAAGCUUGCCGUAGCAUGGUGGCAAUGACAGAUCGUGAUAGAAAUGGAAGAUUAGACUAUAAUGAAUUUAGAUCAUGUUGGCGUACAGUUAUGGAAUGGAAAAAUAAUUUUAAUGCAUAUGAUAAAGACGGUAGUGGAGACAUGGAUGCUAUUGAGUUGCGUGAUGCACUUGCUAAACUUGGCUUUAAACUCAGUUCUCCUGCGUUGUCAUCACUUGCUUUACGAUAUGUAAAUAAACAUGGCAAUGUAUCUUUUGAUGACUACAUUCAAGCAUGCUGUCGAGUACGAUCUAGUUUUGAGUCAUAUUUAUCUUAUCAAGGAAAAUCAUUUACUUUGGAUGACUAUAUCAUGUCAGCUAUUUAUACUUAAUUACAAAUGACACACAGAUCUCUUUUUACAUGUUCAAAAUAAGACGAAUUCAAGGUUCAAGGUUUAUUUACCAAGAGAUGGUUUUUGUUGUUGUUGAUUUCUUGCUUGUGGCAACAUUAAAUGAUCAUUACGCGGUUAUUUCUAAGUUUGAAUGAUUAUGUUUUAUUUUUUGUCAUUGAAUAGUUCUGUAUCUGUGUAUCAUUUUUUUACUUUUGUAUAUUUUGUAUUAAUUUAGGAUUUUAUUCGAAUAUUUUUAUUAUGGUUUUUAUUUUUCGGUUUUUGCCGUGAUGGUAUUUUUGUAGCUAGGUUACAAAUUUGUUUUGUAUCUAUAUGACGAUAUUUAAAUAAAUAUUAAGUUUA